AUAAUCUGAUCGGAACAUGGCGAAGAGCAAGGAAGAGAUAACCUACGGCACCGCUCAGGCAAGGUUGUCGGAGGACGAUGCCCUGAGAGUGAGAUACAAAGGAGGGGACCCACUGGAAGGCGGCAAGAUCGCCGAGUCAGAGCCCGUGGAGCUCUUCUCCGCCGCUCAUAACAUUGAAAAACAACGGCGCAGAGAGAGCGGCGAGUCUGAUCGGUCCGGGGAACGACGGGCUGGAGAAGCAGCAGCGUCUAAUGAGGGACGGGAUAAAAACCAACAGCCUCAGCCGCAGUUGCAGCAUUGAGAAGCAAAUUAAAUCUUCUCUCUCUACUUUUAUUUGUACCGUUUAAGAUGUAUUUCUUCCUAUUUAUAAUAAGAUGUAUGCUGUUUUUUCAGCAUAAUAAAA